AUGACUAUUGUUGACACCACCGGGGUGCAUUUCCUCCCGGUGACGUGGUGCGGCUGUCCCGACGCCGGUGACCACACAUCGCAGCUUCUCGAUGCCGGGUUGUAUCCGGCGAGCCAGCGCAAGGCUCGUACGUGCUUCACCUUUGGGGCACUUGACGGUUUCCUGCUGGACAAUCUGGAGUGUAAGACUACCGCCAUGAAUUACUACGCCCGGAUUCGACGGGCCACCAAUCCGGCUUUUCCCCAUGAAGUACCGGAUCGAUACCUUGAGCUGCUUAGAGUGAGCCGCGAAUGGGCGUUGCUCCAGGCAAAGAAACAGUUUGGAUACGGGCCGCAAUGGCGAGAGGCCCCGGGCAACGGAGACCUUGCUCACUUUUGCCCGGCAUGUCCGCAGCCCGGAGUGAACAUACCCGCGGACUGGGAGGUGGAUGAUAGGAAGUACCUAUAUGCCCGAGGAUAUGUCAUGGAUGGGAACUUCCACGCCGAGCAAAUGAAAAUGCGCAAGCCCGAGAACGACGUACCGUUGAUGCCGGGGAAAAUGUUCAUGGUUCAUCCCGGCCCAUACGAGGAGCACCUGAAAGUAGCAAAGGACGUGAAGAUGCACUCAAGCUGCAACGACCACAAGGCGGUCUCCCAGGCCAACGCCGACCGGCAUAAGCUGGCUGUCACCGGGAUCGGCGCAACAUCUUGUUUGAGGCACGGAGGUAUUGGGCACGUCUAUGUAUCAUACGACAUCAUGUGCCAGUACCACGUCCAUCUCAAUGACCGAUUUGACGACAAUCCUUACCUUCAAAUGCCGGGGGGCGUCGUCCUAUACAAGUGCAUUGGCCUCUUUCACAUUCACGGUCACAAGGCGGAGUGCGAGCUCCGGCACUCUCUCACCUUCACCGAGGGGGCCGGGGAAGCUGACGGCGAGAUCAUCGAAACCCAAUGGUCGGGGAUCAAUCCCGUGUCGGGUAGUACCCGCUCAAUGUCAACAUCCCACCGGCAGGAAACCCUCGACCGGCACAUGAACAAUUGGAAUUGGAAGAAGAUGAUCACCAUGGGUAUGGUCUGGCUGAUUGUGGCAUGA